GCGGGUUCUGUAGGGGGGCUGCGCGUGUUCUGUAGGGGGGCUGCGCGGGUGCUGUCGGGGGGCUGCGCGGGUUCUGGUUCGGAUGGGGUUUGUGAGGAUUAUGCAGAGUGUGUGAGGAGGUUCUGCUGCACUAUGACUUCUUUAACUGGAUCCAAAGAGAGGAGCGGAACCAGGAGCAGAAAACACGGGAUGACGGAUGGCUCCCCCACCAAAUCCGCCUCGUUCUCUCCGGAGGCCUGGUACCGGCGGGCGUGCGAGGAGUCACGAGUGGGCCGGCCGGCGCCGGAGGGGGCCGGGUCGUUUCCGAGCUCAUCCGGAACCCCCUCCCCCUGCUCCGGGACGUCCUCCCCCAGCUCCUUCUCCGGCUCCCCCGUCCCCACCUCUCCCGGGAUCGGUACCGGUUCUCCUGGAUCUCUAGGUGGUUCUCCUGGGUUCGGGACGGGUUCUCCGGCCUCCGGCAGCGGCAGCUCGCCCGGCUCGGACCGGGACCGGACCGUGUGGUGUGAACACUGCACCGCCCGACUGCUGGAGCUGAAGAGACAAGCGCUUAAACUGCUCUUACCCGGACCGUACUCCAGCAAGGACCCGUCUCUCUCUCUGCUGCUCCAUGAUAAGCUGCAGGUUCCGAGCAGUCCGCGAAAGGCGUGGAACGAGCGCGAGAGCCGCUGUGAGGUUUGCUCCACCCACCUGAGUCAGCUGAAGCAGGAGGCGGUUCACAUGGUGCUGACCCUGGAUCAGUGCGACCUCUCACCCGGGUCUCCUCCGUCUCUUGCCUCGCUUGGGGGUCCUCGCAGCGCUCAGCAGGGUCCCGCCCCGCCCCGGGACUGGACUUACCUGCCCUAUCACUCACCUGCUUCUAAUAGCCCCGCCUCCAAUGGCUCCGCCCCCUGCAGCCCACACCACCUGAUCCCAAAGCAUGGUGCUAAACCCAGCAGCCUGGGGGUGGGCGGCGGCUCGGACAGGAAGAGUAGCUCACCCGCACACACCAACAAACCAGCUGGACCACCGGCGCCACACCUGCCCACCAGCCCCAAUAACGGCAGCGCCGGACCACCACAGCAGACACACCCACACCUGGAGACCACGUGGUCACCUGCUGCACACCUGUCCCGUGCCAACGGGGUCACCCUGUACCCCUAUCAGGGUUCUCCGAUGGUUCCAGAGGGGAACCGGGAGGGUCUGACCGAAUCGGCGCUGAACCGCUUUAACACAGAGCGUCCGGCGGCACACACAAGCCCCGCCCCCGCCCCACCGGCCCCGCCCACCACAGCGCCCUCUACUGGAACCUCUGCUGCAGCUUCCUUCUUCGCCAGAGCUGCUCAGAAACUGAAUCUCUCCUCUAAGAAGAAGAAACAGCGUCCGGCGCCCCCUGCAGUCUGUGAUCCUCCACUCUACCCCACCAACUUCAGUGGGAUCUUACAGGUGUCCCCGCCCCCGGCCCCGCCCUGCCUGCUCCGGGCAAUCAGCAAGGUCCGAGAUAACCCCGGCCUGGGCAAGGUAAAGGUGAUGUUGCGGGUGUGUCCUGUUUCUCCGGCUGAUUCGGAGUCCAGCUCCUUCCUGAAGGUCGACUCUCGUAAAAAGCAGGUGACCAUCAUGGACCCGGCAGCCAACACCCAGCAAAGCCCCGCCCAGAAACGCCCCGCCUCCAACCAGGCCCCGCCCAAAAUGUUCGCCUUUGACGCUGCCUUUUCCCAUGAUGCUUCACAGGCGGAGGUGUGUGCGGGCACGGUGGCGGAGGUGAUUCAGUCGGUGUUGAACGGAGCUGACGGAUGUGUUUUCUGCUUCGGACACUCAAAACUGGGAAAGUCGUUCACUAUGAUCGGGAAAGACGACUCCAUGCAGAACCUGGGGAUCAUCCCCUGUGCGAUCUCCUGGCUCUUUAAGAUCAUUAACGAGAGGAAGGAGAAGACGGGAGCUCGGUUCUCCGUCAGGGUCUCGGCCGUGGAGGUGUGGGGGAAAGACGAGAACCUGAAGGACCUGCUGUCCGACGUCUCCACGGGCAGCCUGCAGGACGGCCAGUCCCCCGGGGUCUACCUGUGCGAGGACCCCAUCUGCGGCAUGCAGCUGCAGAACCAGAGUGAGCUGAGAGCUCCCACGGCUGAGAAAGCCGCUUUCUUCCUGGACGCCGCCAUCGCCUCUCGCUACAGCAGCCGGCCGGACUGCGCCGAGGAGGAGCACCGCAACUCCCACAUGCUCUUCACCCUCCACAUCUACCAGUACCGCAUGGAGAAAACCGGCAAAGGAGGCAUGUCCGGUGGGCGGAGUCGUCUGCACCUGAUUGAUCUCGGGAGCUGUGUGAAGGUUCUGAGUAAGACCCGGGACAGUACUGCCGGACUCUGCCUGUCGCUGUCGGCGCUGGGGAACGUUAUCCUGGCUCUGGUGAACGGCAGCAAACACAUCCCGUAUAAGGACAGUAAGCUGACGAUGCUCCUGCGGGAAUCUCUGGGGAACAUGAACUGCAGGACCACCAUGAUCGCCCACAUCUCCUCCUCCCCCAGCAACUUCUCCGACACCCUCUCCACCCUGCAGAUCGCCUCCCGCGUGCUGAGGAUGAAGAAGAAGAAGACUAAAGUAAGCGUGUACACGUCCAGUUCUUCUGGUGGUGAAAGCUCAUGUGAGGAGGGGAGGAUGAGACGCCCGACUCAGCUUAGAACCAUCCACUCAAGGAAUGUUGUCGACUCUGAAAUGCCGCUUCUGCACAUCUCCAGUGAUCCUGACGACUAUUCCAGCAGCGAACAGUCCUGCGACACCGUGAUCUACGUCGGUCCUAAUGGAUCCGCUCUUUCAGACAAGGAGCUUACGGAUAACGAAGGACCUCCGGAGUUUGUGCCGAUUAUUCCGUCUCUGCAGAAGAAUAAAGCUGAUCAAAGCCUGGGAGCACAGGUACCUCAGCAGCUGCAGGUAGUUUCAUCACUAAUGCAUCCCUCACAACCUGUCCAGCCUCUCCAGCAGAGCCUCCAUCCGCAGCCGCUUCCACCUGUACCUGAAGAGGUGGCCGAGUCUGGAAAGCAGGAGAAGGACUGUCUCAAGUGCAACACUUUCGCCGAACUGCAGGAGAGGCUGGAGUGCAUUGAUGGAAGCGAGGAGGUAAACAAGUUCCCCUUCGAGGAAGUUCCUGCCAGCAGAGUUGCUAAAAUUGAGCCUCUUCCAACUCGAAGCCAAGAGGUUAAAGGAAGUUCUCCCAAGAGAAUUAAUAACGAUCAGCAGCUGGAGGAGAUCCGAGAGGUGGUGGAGGAGGCAGAGAUCGCACAGUCCUUUAUAGAAAGUCUGACACAGUCCUCAGUACACAGCUGUGCGCUCUCCACCAGCCGCAGUGUUACCGGCAGCAGCAGUGUUGGACAGUUCACUCCCCUUCAGAGAACCAAGAGCUCUAGCCUGCAUGACAGCAGGGAGUCCAUUAGUGGGGGAAGUAGCAGUGAAGGUAAACCGCGCUCCAUGGGUUCCCCAAGGCUAGGAAUCGCCAGUUUGACCAAAACAUCUGAAUACAAACCUCCCUCCUCUCCAUCCCAGCGCUGCAAAGUCUACACCCAGAAAGGAGUCAUGCCGAGCACUCCACCCCAUUCCUCACAAAACCUGCACGGAGACUUGGGGAAGUCAUCCAGCGAAUCCUUGCUCCAGCCCGAGUCUCGGACGUCUCCGGUGGGCAUGAGCCCUCAGGUCCUGAAGUGCUCUUCCUCCUCGAACAGUUUGGGAUCAGCAGAGACUCUAUGUGAUGAUGUUCCUCAACUUCCGUUAGACAACAAGAAGAGCAGCACAUUCCAGCAGCAGCCUUUGGAGCUAAACGGCAAGGAUGAGCUGGUGUUCACUCUGGUGGAGGAGCUCACGGUCAGUGGAGUGAUGGAAAACGGCAGGCCUACCAGUAUUAUUAGCUUUAACAGUGACUGCUCAGUGCAAGCACUAGCGUCAGGUUCUCGACCUGUCAGUAUCAUCAGCAGCGUUAGUGAGGAUCUGGAGUGCUACACAAGUGCUGCUUCCACCACCCCCGCCACCAUCUCUGAAGCCAACAUUGCUCGAUUCCUGCCUCUCAGCAGGGCUGAAGGGGAAGUGCUCGCCAGCCAACGGUCCUCCAUCAGCUCCUGGCUUAGCGAGAUGAGCACAGGCAGCGAUGGAGAACAGUCCUGCCAUAGCUUUGUAACACAUCAAUGUUUUGGGCAAAGUGAGGCACUAUCUGAGCUUCCACUGCUGGAAAUUAAGGAAGAGGGGGAAAAUCUCACAGAGCAAAACGCUCAAGAAAAUGAAGGGGAGUUUUCCAAAACCUGUGAUGUCAAUGACAACAUCAAGAUGCCUCCAACCACUGGAAAAACGUCUGUCAGUCUUUCUAGCGUUCAGACAUUCUGUGCUUCCAGUGGCUUCGUCCCUUUCAAGACUACUAAUAUCACAGCUCAGCCUUGUGUUGCUGUAAAGCCGAUCGUUCAGGAUUCAUCCAUCUCUGGAUCUUCACCAUCCAAAACUUCCUCACCCAAAUCUCCACCUGUUCCCAUCUCAUCUGAGAUCAAUUUUGAUGACCCGUGGAUGAAAAGGGAGAGUGGCGAGGACUUUAAACCUACAGAACUUGUAUGUGAAGAAAAAACAGAGAAAAGAUCAUCUGAUUCUGUGAAGAGCAAGCAGCCGGUUGACAGACACAGCAGCUCAAGCAGUGGUGAAGCAGCAUGCUCCCCUGAUUCCUUCAAGAGGGUGGUGGAUGGUUGUGAAAUGGUUCUAAAUGCCUCAGAAAGCUUAAGUCCAGUUUAUUCAGCAGACAUCCUAAGGACUGGCAGCCUUCCAAGAGGAUGGCACCGCAUUAACAAGCAAGAUGGCCUGGAUGACCCUUCGUAUCGUUUCACGAGUGGAGAAUAUAAAAGCCUUGGAGUAACUACAUCCACUCCCUGUAGCCCCCGAGCCACACUGGAGAGGAGAGGAUCUUCUGGAAGGCAGGGAUUCUUCACCCGCCAGAAAGGAAUCCCACCCCUUCCACCUGUGAGGAAGUCGAGUCUUGACCAGAGGAACAGAGCCAGCCCCCAGCACCAGGCUCCAAACCAGCACCUGUCCUUUCUGGGCAGCAUGCCUGAGGACUUGGGUGGCAAUGGCAAACAGAAAGGACCAAGUGCUGAGAGCAGUCGGCUCUUCAGUGCCAAACUCGAGCAGUUGGCCAACAGGACCAAUUCCCUGGGAAGAUCCCACGGGACUCACUAUGACUGUCACUCUCUGGAGAGGGCAGAGAGCCUGACCUCCAUGGGCUCUAAAGCCGGUAUAGCGAGAGAUAGCACCAUGCCCAGAGCUGGCAGGAGCGUUACCCGCAGCUCCAUCUCUUCUCCAACCAAUGGACCAAAUGGCAACAACAACGUAAUCCAGUCACCCAAAGCAGCCCAAUCCAAAAUCUCAGCAGUUAGCAAACUCCUUAUGGCCAGUCCCAAAGCCAGAAGCCUUUCAACGUCCAGCACUAAGACUUUAAGCUUCUCCACCAAAUCUCUACCGCAGGCGGUGAACAGGAGCUCCAGUCUGCCACCCAAUGGAAAGAACCCAAACCAGAGUUCCUGGUCCACUCAGUCCCUCAGCCGCAGCAGGGGAUCGGGACUCGCCGCGAAGCUGCCUCUCCGAGCCGUAAACGGCCGAAUCUCCGAGCUUCUGCAGGGCAGCGGCGGCACCCGUGCCGGUCACGGACGAGGCACUUCCGAAACCGAGGAACGAGCAGGAUCGCUCCAGGGAGAAGAAAGACCCGUCGUCCAGACGCUACCUUCUCCCUACAGCAAAAUCACUGCCCCACGGCGACCCCAUCGCUGCAGCAGCGGCCACGCCAGCGACAACAGCAGUGUCCUGAGCGGAGAACUGCCCCCCGCCAUGGGCAAAACCGCCCUCUUCUACCACAGCGGGGGCAGCAGCGGCUACGAGAGCAUGAUACGAGACAGCGAGGCCACGGGAAGCACCUCCUCGGCUCAGGACUCUAUGAGUGACAACAGCAGCUCGGUCAGUGGGAGGAGGAGUCUGAAAAACUCAAAGAAAAGAAACAACACCGCAGGAACUCAGAGGCGACGCCUGAUUCCUAAUCUGACUCUGGACACCUCCUCUCCGGUGAGGAAGCCAAUCAUCAGCCCCGGAGUGCGCUGGGUGGACGGCCCACUCCGACCCACUCAGAGGGGUCUGACCGAACCGUUUGAGAUUAAAGUUUAUGAAAUUGAUGAUGUGGAGCGUCUGCAGAGGAGACGGACCGCCGGCAGCAAGGAGGUGGUUUACUUCAGUGCUAAGCUAAAGAUCCUGGAGCACCGGCAGCAGAGGAUCUCCGAGGUUCGGGCAAAAUACGACUGGCUGAAGAAAGAACUGGAGCAAACCAAGCAGCACCUGAUGCUCGAGCCGGAGAAGUGGACCACCGAGUUUGACGUUCAGCAGACGUUUGAGGUGGACUCUCUGGAGUACCUGGAGGCGCUGGAGUUCGUGACGGAGCGUCUGGAGAACCGGGUCAAUUUCUGCAAAGCUCACCUGAUGAUGAUCACCUGCUUCGACAUCACCUGCCGGCGCCGGUAGAGGGGCGUCGCCAGGUCUGUGGAUUAGCGAGAGGAUCACAGGAAGUCAGAAGCUUUAGGGUGUGUGAGGGCCGGAGGAGGUAGUGGGAGGAGUUAGAAAAUAAACAAUAAAAAAAAGGAAAAGUUAAAGAACUUCAUAUUUUUCUAAAGUGGAGGUUCUGGAAGUUCUGGAUGUUCGGGCAGCAGGACGUCGCAGAGAUGGACUGACAGGACUGACAGCAUCCCUCCGGAGAGAACUCUGGACUAGCGGGCGCUAACGCCGCCGGUGCAAGGUUACGGUUACGGUUCUGGUUCCAAUUUUGGUUCCGCCUGCUUGCUUUGGAACGAGGCCUGAUGAAGAGGCGAAUACGGCCAAAAAAAAAACACAAAGAAAAUACGAGAUACACGAAGAGCGAAAAAGGACAACAAGUGCCUUCUGACCAGCCGAGUAUGUUUUAUGUAUGUGUGUACAGACGGUGCUAGCAUUACGUACUACGUGUACCUAACGACUUACGUAAAAAAAGAAAAGAGAAAAGCUAACGGCUCGUUUAAUUCGGUGUUUAACUCUCUCUGACUCUUUCUGUCUGGGUUAUUUGUACUGUAUUGUUAUACUUUAGGUAAAUGCAACUUGUUACGUGUGUUUUUCUAUUAUUGUUUUCUAUCUGAAGACUGAGAGACCACGCAGACCCACGAGUACCGGAGAUAAACCACCACCGCCGCCGACAGAGAUCAGGAGAAAAUAGAGAUCAGGAGAAAAUAGAGAUCAGGAGAAAUCAGAGAUCAGGAGAAAAUAGAGAUCAGGAGAAAAUAGAGAUCAGGAGAAAUCAGAGAUCAGGAGAAAUCAGAGAUCAGGAGAAAAUAGAGAUCAGGAGAAAAUAGAGAUCAGGAGAAAUUAGAGAUCAGGAGAAAUCAGAGAUCAGGAGAAAUCAGAGAUCAGGAGAAAUCAGAGAUCAGGAGAAAUUAGAGAUCAGGAGAAAUUAGAGAUCAGGAGAAAUCAGAGAUCAGGAGAAAUCAGAGAUCAGGAGAAAUUAGAGAUCAGGAUAAAUUAGAGAUCAGGAGAAAUUAGAGAUCCGGAGAAAUCAGAGAUCAGGAGAAAUCAGAGAUCAGGAGAAAUCAGAGAUCAGGAGAAAUCAGAGAUCAGGAGAAAAUAGAGAUCAGGAGAAAUCAGAGAUCAGGAGAAAUCAGAGAUCAGGAGAAAUCAGAGAUCAGGAGAAAUCAGAGAUCAGGAGAAAAUAGAGAUCAGGAGAAAUCAGAGAUCAGGAGAAAUCAGAGAUCAGGAGAAAUCAGAGAUCAGGAGAAAUCAGAGAUCAGGAGAAAUCAGAGAUCCGGAGAAAUCAGAGAUCCGGAGAAAUCAGAGAUCCGGAGAAAUCAGAGAUCCGGAGAAAUCAGAGAUCAGGAGAAAAUAGAGAGCAGGAGAAAUUAGAGAUUGGAUUGGAUUGAUCUCCUCGCCCCAGUAGUUAAUCUGGUGCUCAGGUCUUGAUUUGGACCAACAAAUGUCCCAGAGUUCAGAGUCAUUAUUCAGGCCGGACCAGCACCAGCUACACCAGGCACGGGUCAGAGGUCACCAAAACAUCUUCAGGCCCAGGAACCCCUUUAAAAACCUCAGCAGGAGAUUGCCCGUACCGUAGCUAUGCACAGGGUUCUUGCACCAUUUUAAAUCUCAAAUGUAAUGAUUUUUUAAAUGUUUUAAGACGCUAACAUUAGCUCUCUCCUUGGUACUGUAAGCUAGCUCUCCACUAACCUUAGUUCUCUCAUCUGUAACAUUAGCUAGCUCCUCGCUAAUGUUAGUAUGUGUUUUCCCACUGGCAUUAAACACACCAUCUGAAAAAGUAACGGGAAACGUUACGAUUCUUCUCCUUCGGUAAAGACGGCAAAUGCCACCAACAAAAUCUCCUGAUCCGGCGCUCCGGCUCCAGAGUGCAGCGAUUACCCCGUACCUCCCCGGCGGCGUCGGCAUGGCUCUGCGUGGUCUGGUGUCGCGGUGCAACACUUUAUUAAAGAUAAAGAUCUGUUUAUAAAUGGUGCUCGAGACGUUUCAGCUCUAAAUGUUUGUAUCUAAAACCUAUAGCCUGUUUCUGACACUAAAGACGCCCAUCUCUCCAUCCCUCCAUCCCUCCCUCUCUCCUCUCAUCGAACUGAAUGAAGGAUGAUAUAAUUUAUUUUUGAAGCUCAGGAGCCUGAGAGACUCAGAGUCGCUCGAAUAUAUAAUUUAUUAUAAUUUACACAUUAUAACGCUCCACAGAGUACUAUGCAUUUAAACUGUACAGUAACUAAAUCCAUCUCAUAUAUAAAUAUAGACGUAUAUAUUACACUUUUCUUUAUAUACCAGAGUUCUCUCGCUGAUGCAGCCGGAGACAGAGAUAUGAUUAUGAAUAUGAGUGAAUGUUGAUGGAACGUUGAUUACGCUCACAGCAGAUCAUUUGUGGCAAAGCCUUUCUGAUAUUCUGAUGUUUUGAUGAAAGAAAUCCACUAUAAAAGUUAAAAAACUUGUUAUUAAAACUAGUAAAAAUAAUAAGAUUAAACAUUUCACAUACUUUAAUCGAACUGCGUAACCUCCAGCAUAAAACGUUUUAAAAUUAAUUAUUAUUUUACCAAAAUUUAACAUUGCAUUGGGCUUCAAGGGUUCCAGCAGUCUAAAGCACUGCCACUAUGAUCAGGAGAUCACUGGUUCGAAUCCCGGUCAUGCAGCUUGCCCUCAGCUGCGGGUCCCUUAGAGAGCACAGUUGGCUCUCUCUUGCUCUCUCUGGGUGGGUACAGUACAGUAGAUGGUGCUCUCUCUUUCCCCUCAUCACUCCUAGGGUGAUGUGGAUCAGCACAAGGCUGCGUCUGUGAGCUGAUGUAUAAGAACCGAGUCACUGUGCUUUCCUCCGAGCGUUAGCGCUGUGAUGCUACUCGGCAAUGCUACAGCUUCAGCAGCAGUUCAAAAAGAGGCAGAGUCUGACUUCACAUGUAUCGGAGGAGGCGUGUGCUGGUCUUCUUAACCCUCCUGGUGUUGGAGCAUCUCUAGUAAUAGGGGGAGGAGUCCUAAUAUGUGGGUCGGGUAACUUGGUUUGCAUAUUGAGGGGAAAAUGGGGAAAAAUUUAACAAUGCAAAUAUUGCAAGUAUUAUUUUCUAACAUUCGAGACGCCACGCCCACCGGUGUAGGCGUAUCUAUAAGCACUGUUGCUGUUUAAACAACAUAUAAAUGAUUAUUUAAGUAAAUAAUUCUGAUUUAAAAAUUUGAGAGAUGUUUAUUCAGAUGUGUUUUAAUUACUAGUAUUAAUAAUAUUUUAUUUCUUUAUAUUGAAUAAAUAAUUUGUGGAAUAAAGCAGAAGGUUUGCUGUCAUCAUGCAUAUUCAUAUGUUCAUAAAACGCAUAAUUCCAUAAUUACAUGAUCAGAACUCCGGAGUGUCCCGGCGUCAGCGGGUCGGGGCGUGACCCGGUUCUGAGUUCCGGUUCGGGGAAAUUCUGUCUGUUGGUUUGUUUUCUGCAGCUCGGAUUGUUGUGGUUCCGGACGGACAGAACCAGUACAGUCCAGUGGACCGGGGGUACCGGGUUUACCGGGUGGAUCAGUGUCCGUAUUUCUGUCCUGUGGGAAAAUGUGCCAAACGGAACCGGAGUGGGAUUUUGAUUGACAGAUGAUGGUCUGAUGUAAAUAAAGAAUGUUUUUGAAGUGGAACAAU